AUGUGCCAAGAAGUCGUCAUGCAGUACGAGCAGUUCUUCCGCCUUGGCCGAUCAACUUCUCAAGAAGUCCGACUCCAUACCAUACCAGCAAUACCGUUCCACACGAUUGACCUGCAAGACUCCAUCAUGAAGAACUCUGUCACUACGGCUGCGGUCGCAGCACAAUGCCUACUGGUAUUCGCAAGCGUACUUCCUCGACAAGAUUCUGCCUAUGCUGGCUACUUGAUCUCGACGUUCUCCGAUCCAGAACCUAGUGUGCAGCAGUACCUUUCCAAAGGCAAUGAUCCUGGGGCGUACACUUUCUUGAACGAUGGUAAGCCGAUACUGGACUCUACGGUGGGAACGGGCGGCGUACGUGAUAUCUACUUGACGCAUAAUGGUGACCGAUCACAGUGGUAUCUGCUAGCAACAGACCUCGACAUCAAUGCACCCGGCUUCAACUGGGACAUCGCAACCCGCAACGGCAGCCAAAGCCUCGUCAUCUGGAGCUCCUCCAACCUAGUCGACUGGUCCGACGCAGUCCUCACAACGGUCGAGACUCCCACAGCAGGCAUGACCUGGGCCCCUUCAGCAGUCUGA